UCUGGAAAGGGUUUUUCCAGUUUUGUCCAGUCGGAGAUAAACCUCUCCUUCCUCCCCCAAGGCCCCAAGCCGAAGCACCACUCGGGCUCGCACACGGUCUGAGUCCGCCAUUAUCAACAGAAGCAGAGUCGGGGAUGCUAGAUUCGCAUGUUCAUCGGUGCCUUCGGCUCGUAAAACUCCCAUAAACCAUGGAUCCCAAGUUGUUGUUUUGCUCGCCUAAAUGCUCAGCAACUGCUCCUGCUCCUGCUCCUGCUCCCUUUUGGUAUUCCUACGCCUCUCACUUUCUCGAUAAGCCCAGAAUUCCUUCGAGACCCCAUUUGCGACUCUCUCCAUUGGUCACGCAGAGAACUUCAUUCUUUGGGGGGAGUUUGAUUUUGCCUGGAAAGGAUGGAGCUUUUAGGGAUAAUCCAAGGAAGGGUUACGUCCCCUUCUAUCCUGUGAGAGCUGCGGUUAAGAGGAGGAAGGAGCUUCCCCUCGACAAUGUGAUCCAAAGGGACAAGAAAUUGAAGUUGGUGUUGAAGAUUAGGAAGAUUCUAGUGAGCCAGCCCGAUCGUACCAUGUCGCUUAGGGAGUUGGGAAAGUAUAGGCGGGACCUCGGGUUGACGAAAAAGAGGCGGUUCAUUGCCUUGCUCAAGAAAUUUCCAGCUGUGUUUGAGAUUGUCGAGGAAGGUGUUUACUCUUUGAAAUUUAGGCUGACGGAAGAAGCUGAGAGGCUGUACUUGGAGGAGUUGAGGGUAAGGAAUGAGAUGGAGGAUGUGCUUGUUUUGAAGCUUAGGAAGCUGUUGAUGAUGUCGCUUGAGAAGCGUAUACUGAUUGAGAAGAUUGCUCAUCUGAAGACUGAUUUUGGGCUUCCUCUGGAAUUUCGGGAUACAAUCUGUCACCGGUAUCCACAAUAUUUCAGAGUUGUGGCAACGCCACGAGGCCCUGCCUUGGAACUAACUCACUGGGACCCCGAGCUUGCAGUGUCGGCAGCUGAGCUCUCAGAAGACGAAACUAGGGCCAGAGAGUUAGAGGAGAAAGACCUGAUUAUCGAUCGGCCUGUCAAGUUCAAUAGAGUGAAGCUACCCAAGGGUCUCAAUCUGGCCAGGGGUGAGAUGAGGAGGAUUUGCAAGUUCCGGGACAUGCCUUAUAUAUCUCCCUAUUCUGAUUUCUCAGCACUUAGGCCCGGUACUCCGGAGAAGGAGAAGCAUGCUUGUGGGGUUGUGCACGAGAUCCUGAGCCUCACUGUAGAGAAGAGAACUCUGGUUGAUCACCUCACUCAUUUUAGAGAGGAAUUCAGAUUCUCUCAGCAAUUGAGAGGAAUGCUGAUCAGGCACCCUGAUUUGUUCUAUGUGUCUCUGAAGGGGGAAAGGGAUUCGGUUAUCCUCCGCGAAGCAUAUCGCAAUUCUCACUUGAUAGAGAAAGAUCGGCUGUUGCUCAUCAAAGAAAAGCUCCGUUCACUUGUUGUUGUUCCUAGGUUCCCGAGGAGGAAUGCUUCUAGAAGAGGUGAUGAUGGAGCAGAGGGAACCGACGAUCAAGAGGGUGAAAGUGGUCUAGAGGAUGAGGAAGAUUGGUCUGAUGUUGAGAAUGCAAUUGAUGAGGAUGAUGGAUCUUAUGAUGACGAUGAUGAGGAUGAUGAUUGGACUGAUGAAGAUGAUAAUGCACCACCAGAUUUUACUGAUGAUGCUGGAAGUGUGAAAAUGCGGAUAAGCAACCCUAUUAAGCAGGCUGAUACUUCGAGAAGCAAGGAUCUUGUUCCUGUGUUUCCUGAUGGUCAGCCAAGACAACGUUGGUGAAAUUAUUGUUGAACUACGUAUUCUGCAAACAAACCGAGACAUUUAGCAAGAUCUUAAGACCAAUUGUGAGGGUCUCGGAUUGCAAAUUGAAGAUCCACCGUAGCAACUACCUUGCAGAGCUCUCAACUUGUUUUGUUGUUACUUCUUCCUCUAGGGUGCCGGAAGUGAAGUGCUUCAUAAAAAAGUUGAGUAUGAAUGUACACAGCUUUUGCUUUUGGAAUGAUUUAUGAAUCGGAUCGGGACGUACUUUUAGUCAGGUAUAUUGAACACACAUCGUGGAAGAUGCUAAUCUUUUUGUUUCCACAAUGUAGGGCACUCCCAUGACGCAGUUUGAUGAAAUACAUAGUGUAAUUUCCUGUGCC